AUGUCGGGCUGGUUCACCCUCUUCACUAAUUGCCGCUAUAUUCUCAAUGGCGAGCUCGUCGAUGACCACCUUGUCAUUUCUGACGAGACGGGGCUCAUCCUCAAAAGAGAAGGCUACAUUGGCGGCGAGGCAAUUGACUUGGAAGAUGCUAUAAUCGCCCCAGGCUUUCUUGAGUUGCACACCAAUGGUGCCAAUGGCUUCCACUUCACGCAUUUUGAAGAUAAAACAAGCUAUGAAAACAAUAUUGACCAUCUGGCAAGGUACUAUGCAACACAGGGUGUGACUGGAUUCUGGGCAACUCUACCUACCAUACACGCUGACGAGUUUCAAAAGAUUCUCCCAGCGCUCACCCCGCGGGACAUAGCUUCAUCAGCUUCGCUUCUAGGCGCACAUACAGAAGGACCCUAUCUACACCCUUCCAAGAAAGGAGCACACAAUAGCUCUCUGUUUCACCCCUGUGCCGUCUCCCCAGCCACUGUCUACGGAUCUGCAAGUCUUCAGUCUGCUAUCAGACUCGUCACAAUCGCUCCAGAGUUACCCGAUUCCGCAGCCCUCAUCAAGUCACUGACAUCCCAGGGUAUCAGAGUCGCCAUGGGCCAUUCUACUGCGACUUACGAGCAAGGCCUAGCCGGACUCAGUGCAGGGGCGAGCGGACUGACUCAUACGCUGAAUGCUAUGCCAAGCUGGGCAGCCAGAGUCCCAGGUCUUGCCGGGUUAGUCUCCCUGCCAGAAACAGCAACGAUUGCACCUCCGUGGUACACCAUCAUCGCAGAUGGAGAGCAUCUCCAUCCUAACACAGUAUCUCUACUUCACCGUUCGAGCCCCAAGCGCUCGAUUGUCAUUACUGACAGUAUUGAGCUUGCUUCUCUGAAGGAUGGGACCUACCCUGGCCACUCACAGAUCCCCUUUGAACAGGUCAAGAGUGGCACACGGGCCACGAUAGCCGGCACCGACACCCUGAUUGGGGGGUGUAUCCCACUUCAGCAGAGUAUGAGAAACCUGAUGGAUUGGUCUGGGUGUGGCAUUGCCGAAGCGGUAGGCACGGUCACUGAGAAUGUGGCGGCCUUUAUGGGCAUAGAUGGGAAAGGUGGAAGAGGCAUGCUGAAAGAAGGCAGAAGAGCUGAUCUGACCGUGUUGAGUGACCAAGGCGAGGUGCUUCAGACGUGGGUGGCUGGACACAAAGUAUGGGAUAGGGAAGAAACUUUAAAUGCCCACGAAAAGGAUGGCGAGGCGAGGGGUUGA